AUGGAUAUGGAAAUCGACGAUCCAGCCACCGGAACCUCCUCCUCACGUCUCGCGCCGAUGGAAGAGGUAAAGCCAACUGUCAAACAAAUCAAGAGAAUUGCCGCUCACAGUCAUGUAAAAGGACUUGGAAUCGACCCGGAGACCUGUGAAGCGCUGCCAGAAGCCGCCGGAUUCGUUGGCCAAAUCGCCGCGAGAACCGCCGCUUCCAUCAUCGUGGAUAUGAUUAGAGGAAAGAGUAUGGCGGGUCGAGCAGUGCUUCUCGCCGGACCACCUGCCACCGGAAAAACCGCUAUCGCUCUGGCAAUGUCACACGAUCUAGGAGACGGAGUUCCGUUUGUUCCACUCGUUGCCAGUGAAGUAUACUCGAGUGAAGUGAAAAAGACGGAAGUCUUGAUGAGAAGCUUCCGAAGAGCCAUCGGACUUCGUGUCAAGGAGACAAAGGACGUCUACGAAGGAGAAGUCACCGAACUGAGUCCAGUAGAGACUUCGGAUAACUCGGGACUCGGAAAAACAAUCUCCCAUCUUUUACUCAGUCUGAAAACGGCGAAGGGUAGCAAACAGCUGAAACUGGAUCCCAGCAUCUACGAUUCGGUGCUGAAACAGCGUGUUGAAGUGGGCGAUGUCAUCUAUAUUGAAGCGAACUCGGGAAUCGUGAAGCGAGUUGGGCGGUGCGAUGUGUAUGCGUCGGAAUUCGAUUUGGAAGCGGAUGAAUUCGUGCCGAUGCCGAAAGGAGAUGUGAGAAAGUCGAAGGAUAUCGUGCAGAACGUCUCGCUCCAUGAUUUGGAUUUGGCGAAUGCAAGACCACAAGGACGUCAAGGAGAUGUGACGAAUAUCGUCUCCCAGUUGAUGGCUCCGAAGAAAACUGAAGUUACAGACCGUCUCCGCUCGGAAAUCAACAAAGUCGUCGACGAGUACAUCGAAUCAGGAGUCGCCGAGCUGAUGCCAGGAGUUCUCUUCAUCGACGAAGUGCAUAUGCUCGACGUGGAAUGCUUCACCUAUCUCUACCGUGCUCUCGAAUCUCCAAUGGCUCCAGUCGUCGUAUUCGCCACGAAUCGCGGCAAAACGACAGUCCGCGGACUCGACGACAAAUCGGCGCACGGAAUUCCACCGGAGAUGUUGGAUCGACUCAUGAUCAUUCCGACGAUGAAGUACAACGAAGAAGACGUCCGCAAGAUUCUCAUCCAUCGUACCGAGGCGGAAAAUGUGAAAUUCGACGAGAAGGCGUUCGACUAUUUGAGUCGCGUCGGCUCGGAGAAAUCGUUGAGAUACGCGUUGCAGUUGAUUGCUCCCGCUCGUCUUUGUGCUCAAACUUGCGGAAGAGAACUCAUUGAACUAGAAGACGUCGAGAAGUGCACGACACUCUUCAUGGAUCGUAGCGAAUCGCUGAAAAAGGCCGAGGAGACGCAGCAAAGACUCGCCGCAAAGAAGGCCUAA